AUGGAGAAUUAUGAGAAGACAAGUUUCAGGUUUGAAAUAGAUAGCUUCUCAGAGAAGAAAGCUGCAAUAUCGUCUCCUAUAUUCUUAAGCGGCGGAUGCGAAUGGUUCGUUACAGUUCACCCAAAGGGAUGCCCUAUUGAAGACUACUUGUCUGUGUAUCUCCACGUUGCAAAUCAUGAAUCAUUACGAACUGGAUGGAAAAUAAGAGCUAAUUAUUCAUUCACUGUGCUGAAUCAAUCGCUCAGAGAGCUCAAAAGAACAACUGAAGCAUGCGACUUGUUCUGUGCUGUGGUCCCAGGCUGGGGUUAUCCCAAAGUACUGCAUGUUAACAAGCUUCAAGAAGAAGGAUUUUUUGAGAAGAAGAAUCCAAGCUUUUCCUUGAGUCAGUUCUCAGGCUGGGGUCAGGACAAAUUGAUCAUUCAAGUCGAAAUAAAAGUAGUUGAAGUUGUUUAUGAAGAAGAGUUAACUGGGAAGGAGAUGUUAGAUUUUAAUGGUUUUCCGAUUCUUUAUACUCAGUUGGCAUCAGUGAGCAAGAUUUUCGUAAAUCACAUGGACUUUGCAGAAUAUUUCAGACCAAAGGACAAAGUAGUGAAGACAGCGUACAUGAAUCUUCUUCUGAGCGUCAUCGAGACACUGUGCAAGCCUCCACUGAGCUUCUCUGAGACUGAGCUAAGUAACGCUCGUGAUAAGUUGAGCGAGUUAACUGAAGCAGGUUUCAAGCUGGAUUGGUUAGAGGCAAAGCUGGACGAGGUUUCCUUGGAGAGGAAGAAUGCAACUGCUAAUAGUUAUCGUGUGGAAGAACUUGAGGCACGCAUCAAGAAUCUGGAGCUGACUUUGUCGGAUCUAAAGUUUGAACUGAACAAGGAGAAAAAGACCAAAGUUACUAAAAUUUUGUCAUUUGACGACAUUGUUGGAAGUCGUAAUUAUCAAAUUUAA